UAGGCCUCUUUCUCCUUAUCCCUCCCUCAUCCUCUCGCUCUCAAGUCCUCUUGCAUAGACUCCAACACAGGAAGCACAGCAGCUCAGUGGUAUCGGUUGUUGUAGGAGGAGAGAGAGAGAGAUGGCGGACUGGGGGCCGGUGUUUGUGGCGGUGGUGCUCUUCGUGCUGCUGUCGCCGGGGCUACUGUUCCAGAUACCGGGCAAGGGCCGGGUGGUGGAGUUCGGCUCGCUACAGACCAGCGGCGUCGCUAUCUUCAUCCACUCCAUCAUCUUCUUGGGCCUCGCCGCCGUCUUCAUGCUCGUCAUCGGCAUCCACGUCUACCUGGGCUAGCUAGCUCGACCUCCGCAUGCACGCCAAAGCACCAAAGGCUUCUCUCCUCCCUUUUCUCUUGAUGUAAAGUGCAAGAGGGUCCUGUGAAUUCAUUUCACAGCUUUCUUCUCUCUCUUGAUGUUUAUUCAAGAUCAUGUGUAUUUUAUAUCUAUCCAAAUUCAAACUCGAUUCCAAAUA